GGGGUUUAAACGGGCAGAAAACAGGAAAACAAGCGCCGCUGGAGGCAAAGCGUCUCUUGGUGUUUGUGGAUCAAGCCAUCGACUCGCUCCGGACUUUAAUCCGUCAUGGCUGCGGGUGUUUAGAACAGGAAGUCAAAGCUCGGACCGGAGGAAAUUGGAGAAGACGCUGGUUAGCGUUUAGCUAGCUGGCUAGCACGGGGGAGGGGCGGGGGUUCGAGGACUCUUUUUUUCUGGAAGUUAUUUGUUUAUGUUUUUCCAGUCGGACAUGUCGGCUUCAAAUUCAGACAUGCCAGACCCGGGUCUGGGUCUGGGGGCCAGUGGGACGCAGGCGGCCGGAGGGGCUGUGGUACCGAAGGGCAGCAACAAAAGACGAGCUCCGCCGGACUUCGACGAUGAUGAAGGAAGCAAGUUGUUCAGGUGUGACGACGACACAACCGGCUCCAACAAUGACAAGGAGCGUUUCGCCAGGGAGAACCACAGCGAGAUCGAGAGGCGGCGGCGGAACAAGAUGACCGCCUACAUCACGGAGCUGUCCGACAUGGUGCCCACCUGCAGCGCGCUGGCACGGAAACCCGACAAGCUGACCAUCCUGCGAAUGGCGGUGUCUCACAUGAAGUCUCUGAGAGGAAGCGGCGUCACCAAUGCAGAUGGAUCGUACAAACCCUCGUUUCUCACUGAUAAGGAGCUGAAGCACCUGAUCCUGGAGGCAGCCGACGGCUUCCUGUUCGUGGUGUCGUGUGAGACCGGUCGCAUCGUCUACGUGUCGGACUCGCUGACACCCGUCCUGAACCAGUCCCAGUCCGAGUGGCUGGGCUCUUCCCUGUACGACCAGCUCCACCCGGACGACACGGAGAAGCUCACAGAGCAGCUCUCCACCGCAGAGAACAACAACACGGGGAGGGUUUUGGACUUAAAGACGGGAACGGUGAAGAAGGAGAGCCAGCAGUCGUCGGCCAGGAUGACCAUGGGAGCCCGGCGAUCGUUCAUCUGCAGAAUGAGGUGUGGAACGUGUCCAGUGGAGCCCAUAUCCAUGAACAGACUGAACUUUCUAAGGAAUAGGAACAGGAAUGGUUUGGGCACAGCCAAGGAGGGGGAGCCGCAGUACGUGGUGGUCCACUGCACCGGGUACAUCAAGUCCUGGCCCCCUGCAGGAGUUUCACUAACGGACGACGAAGCCGACAACACUCAGGGGAGUCGCUACUGCCUCGUGGCCAUCGGGAGGUUACAGGUUACCUGUUGCCCAGGUGACACGGACCUGAACAGCAUCAGCGUCCCAGUGGAGUUCAUCUCCCGCCACAACUGCCAGGGCAUGUUCACCUUCGUAGACCACCGCUGCAUGGCCGCCGUCAGCUACCAGCCACAGGAAUUAUUGGGGAAGAAUAUUCUGGAGUUUGCCCACCCAGAGGACCAGGGUUUACUGAGAGACAGCUUCCAGCAGGUGGUGAAGCUGAAGGGCCAGGUCCUGUCGGUGAUGUUCCGGUUCCGCUCCAAGUCGAGGGAGUGGAUCUGGAUGAGAACCAGCUCCUUCACCUUCCAGAACCCGUUCUCGGAAGAGAUCGAGUACAUCAUCUGCACCAACGUCAAUGUGAAUAGAAACUCCACCCAGGACCCCCUCACCCCCAUCUCCUCCCCGGGGGCUCCGAUGCCCCCGGCCCGGGGUCAGAGCAGCCCGGGGCAGAUUCCCGCCAGACUUUCUCCUCUCCGUGGUUGUGUUGCCAUGUUGCAGCAGCAGCAGCAGCAGGCCGACCUGGAGGGGGGCGGAGCCAGAGACGGCAUGUACGAGGCCGGACCCAUCGCCCUGUCUCAGAUGCCGGUGCAGCCCGUAACAGCCGCCGGACCGGACCACAGCAAGAGCAUCGACAAGCCAGAACUGUAUCCGUCCCUGUUCCAAGGCCCAGAUCAGACCAAGGGCAUCCCCUCCACCUCGACUCCAUCCACUCAGAUCUACGCCUCGGCCAACAACUUCCCCGCCGGCCGCUCCAGCGAUGCGUACAGGCAGCAGGUGGCUCCUCAGGCAGCCAAGACCAUGUCUCCACCGUUCACUCCAAUGGGAGGAUACAGCGCCGGCUCCACCAACACCUUUGGCCAGAUGCCUACAGGUGCUGCUCCUGCCCAGACCAACGGGGCCAACUACCCCCAGAUCAACUCUCGUGUCAGCAACAACAUCAACGGUUACGAUGGAUCCCAGUCCGGAGCUCAGUUCCCUCCUCGAGCAGCGGAGGCCGUGUGGCCCCAGUGGCAGGGCCAGCAGCACUCACAGAGCAACGCCGAGCAGCACCCUCACGCUCAGGGCAACCAGCAGGACAUGUUUCCUGACGUGCUGUCGAUGCUGGACCAGCCCGCCAACUUCAACAGCGAUGACUUCGAGAUCCCCCUGUACCCGCCAUUCAACGAGUGACCCGCUCGCCGGAUCUGUCCGCUGACGUCGCUCCUCGCCGUUUCCUGAUGUUUAGCUCUUCUCCUGCUCCUCUGUUCUUCCUGCUCCUGACAGUAGCACUCUCCUUUGCUUUGCAUGGCUCAGAUUGCACAGCUGCAAGCCAGUCCCAGACGGAGGGACGUACCUGGCUGCAGGUACACCGAUCGCAGAGGAAAAUCAAGUAUUUGCUACUGACUAAAAGAUUUAUUAUUUUAACAAUAUUCCAGCCAUUGUAAGACAAAUCUCUAGCUAGCACUGCCCAAAGCUCCACAACCCACGUUGUAGAUAUGUCCUAUACAGUAUAUACAUAUAUAUAGAAAUAUAUAAAAGACGCACAAUCACACAGCCACACUUGAAUAGACUGCACAGUGACACUCUGUACACACACGUGAACACACACACACACACACACACGAAGGCCUUUAUUCAGUUCUUCUCAGGCAUUGGUGCAGAGUGUGUGUUGCAGUUGUACCCUUUAGCAUGCAGACAAAUCACUCCAGAUGUUGAUUUAAACUCUUGGGAAAUUUGCAGGGAUUUACAGCUUUGGUGAUUUUAAGUCUCAGCUGUCGAGCGUCACUCUGAGCCCACAGCAUGCCUCUGCAUGAGCGCGCUGCUUCCUGGAGCGCUUCCACGUCGUGCCGGUUUCUGUCUACGACGUAGAUCAGCGGCCUCACCUGUAAACUUUUAUUUGAAGUCGUCUUCUUCUGUGAACGAUGCAUUCAUCUCCACACGACGUUGUCAAGGUGCAGAUACAAACAGUCUCUUUUCUUUGCCUACUUAUAUGCGGUAUGCAUGCGUGUGUGCUUAAUGCAUACGGUGUCAUCAGUAACUACAACUCUUGGGUUGUUCUUCCUCGUAACCCUGUAACUGCAGACUUUUUGUACUCGUUUUGUACCAGGAGUCACUCACAGCAAUACCUACCAGGCAGGAAUCAUGUACUUCUGAAGCCAUUCUUUAUAAAUGUACUCCUUGAUUAAUGUUAUUUUAAACUGGUGAACCAUGGUAGUAACGUUUGAUUGAAAGUAUUUUAUUGUUUGAUAAUCUCUCGACCUCUUCGUCGCCCUCUCCUGAUUGGUGUUUUCUUAACGGUUUGAUCAGGGUAUUCAGGAUUAAAAUGGAAUCAGCAGAGCGAGAAGCGAUGCGAUCUGCAGUGAGAAUGUCCAAAAGUCGUUUUGUUUUCAGUGUUCGUCCUCUUGUUUGUGACGGUUUGGACUAGGACCGAGUCUUUGCCAAGAAAGUCUGUCGUGGGUGAGUUUUCAUGAUAGAACAGCGUCAUGGGAUUAAGGGUAGUGCUUCUACAGUUUUAUUUUUAAUGUGUGAAAUUUAAAGUUGAGCCCUGUUGUUCCAGCUUUCACUGUCUGUGUAACAGUCACAUGUUUGUGAUGGCAGAUGAUGUAAUUGUUUGUAAACCCAUGUAGAUAAUUGUCCAGUUUUCCACAGGAUGCUUGUCUCGGUGUUGUCUUUGUUGUUGCUGAAAACCUCUCUGGUUGCUCUGUAUCCAGGUUUUUUUCACUCAUAGAAACACAAAUAUAUAAAUAUACUGUAUAUGAAAUUUUAAUCGAGAGAAAGAUGUUUGGUUUUUGUAUUAAAUUGUUAUAUUGUCAGAAA